UCAAACAGGGUUGUAGCCCCGAAGGCACACGGGCCGAACUGGUGGAGGUCAGGGAGCACCUCAGCGCUGUUGUUGACCAAGGAAAUGUCGAUGCCGAUUACCUCCAGGAAGCCAACCUACUGAUGGCCAAACUCUGUUAUAUUGAAGGACAACACAGCGAAGUGUUAAAUGUCUACAGCCGGUUGCACCUGGACAACCUGCAGCUGGUUGGAGCUCCUGUGUACAAACUGUGUAUGAUAGCAGAGGCCUACACCAUCAAAGGCUUGUGUCUAGAGAAGAUCCCGGAUUCCGCGGACUCCGGCUCUCUGGAGUCCAGUCAGAGCUCAGCAGCACGGGAGCAGGAAAUCAUCACCUGCUAUGAAAAGUCCGGAGACAUUGCUUUGCUGUACCUGCAGGAAGCAGAGAAGGCAUUAUCAGCAGGUAUUCAGAACCGCGGCCCAAAGCCAGAACCAACGGAUGAGGAACCGGAACUGGGCUACUUUCUGGAGACAGGCCUGCAGAGGGCCCACGUCAUUCACGUCAAUAACGGAAACCUGACACAGUGUGUGGGCAGAUUUCGGGAGAUUCUUCAGGCUGUUGAAACCAGAACCACCCAGAACCUUCGCAUGACGAUAGCCCGACAGCUCGCAGAGAUCCUGCUCCAAGGAAUGUGUGGACAGAGCUACUGGUCUCCUCUGGAAGAUCCUCCGGCGGUGUCACCCCUGGAUAAACCCAAGCAGAAAGGGCAUACCUACCGCAGGAACUACACCCUGAGCCGACCCCCACAAGUGUACUCCGGAGAGAAUUUGUUUUGUCCUCAGGAGAACACAGAGGAAGCUCUGCUGCUGCUGCUGAUCAGUGAGGCGAUGGCCAACCAGGACACUGUCCUGAGCAGGAUUCCUGAGCACAACAACGAUCGGACCAUCAGCCUACAGUCUGCCUCCGCGGUGUACGAUCUGCUGACCAUAACGCUGGGCAGGAGGGGGCAGUAUGAGAUGCUGUCGGAGUGCUUGGAGAGAACCAUGAAGUUCGCUUUUGAGGAGUUCCAUUUGUGGUACCAGUUCGGCUUGUCACUAAUGGCUGCCGGCAAAUCCGCUCGUGCUGUCAAGGUUUUUAAGGAGUGCGCCUGUCUGAAGCCUGAUGACCCCACCAUUCCACUGCUGGCCGUUAAACUGUGCAUUGGUCCUCUGCACUGGUUGGACGAAGGGGAGAAGUUUGCACAGAUGGUGAUUGACACAAGAGAGAUGGAAGCGGAGUUCAAAGCCAAAGGCUACUUGGCCGCCGGCCUGGUUUACAGCCUCAAAGCCACUGAUGCAUUGCUGCGAAGCACACAGGAGGACUACCAGAGGAAAGCUGUGUCGGCCUUUCAGAGAGCUCAGAAAAUGUCUCCCACUGACCAUCUGGCAGCUUUUUAUUUGGCGCUGCAGCUUGCCAUUACCAGACAGAUCUACGAGGGAUUAUUGACAGUUCAACAGGCGCUGCAGCUACAAAAAGAUGACGUCCACACCAUGCACCUGCUGGCCCUGCUUCUUUCUGCCCAGAAACAAUACCAUAAAGCUCUCAACAUCAUAGAGAUAGCCCUCUCCGAGCAUCCUGAGAACUUCAAUCUGCUGUAUACGAAGGUGAAGCUGGAGGUCAUGUGUACAGGACCGGAGGAAGCUCUGCUCACCUGUAAACACAUGCUCCAGAUCUGGAAGAGCCUUUACAGCCUCACCAACCCAAGUGAUUCAGGGCGUGGCAGCAGCCUGUUGGACAAGGCCAUACCAGACAGACAGCAGCUCAACGCCAUGACGCUGCCUGACGUCAGUGACCCUGACGCUGGCUCGGCGCACACUACGUCCAUAGCAACCAGCCGGGCGGAGCAGGCUCUGUCGGAGGAAUCCUCUUCCGUGCAGAGCAGCGCCCCCAAACCCGGACCCCCGCACGCCUGGUCAACCCUGGCUCAGAUCUGGCUUCAUGCAGCUGAGGUGUACAUCGGCAUGAAGGAUCCUGAAAAAGCCACGGAGUGCACCAAGGAGGCCGCAAACCUGUUCCCCACCUCCCACAACAUGAUGUACAUGAGGGGGAAGAUAGCCGAGCUGAAGGGCAACAUGGAUGAAGCCAAACAACAGUACGAAGAAGCCCUGUCCAUCAACCCGACUCAUGUCAAAACCAUGCAGAGACUGGGAGCGAUUCUGCACCAGAUGAAGCGCUACAGUCUGUCUGAGAAAAUCCUAAGAGAAGCUCUGCAGCUCAACAGCACUUCUCAUGACACGUGGAAGAGUCUGGGCGAGGUGCUGCAGGCCCAGGGGAAAGCCGAUGACGCCAACGAGUGUCUCCUCACUGCCUUGGAGCUGGAGGCCAGCAGCCCCAUCCUGCCGUUCACCAUCCUUCCCCGAGUUCUAUGAGACGCAGCGCGGUCACACACUUGCGCCAUACACACACGACUGCAUGCAAACAGCUGUGCGGCCAUUUCUCACACCUUGCACAUAAUGCAAAUAACAGCAUUUUCCUCUGCUGACGGCGUGUGUGUGUGUGUGUGUCGGUGCUGAAGCAUUUCUUUCAGUCUGUGCAUGCACUUCUGUGUAUGCGUGCCAACACAUUUCCUGCAUCUUGUCCGUGCCUCUUUGUUGUUGUUGUUGUUAAUACGGGGUUUGCAUUCAGAAGCCUAAGAUUUUGUUUACAUUUUAUUUAGUCUAAAGAAACACACAGGUUUGUUCAAAAUCCGAUUACUGCCAGGAAAAUAGUUUUAUUUACGUUUGCUUUAAGAGCCAAACAUCUCGCUAAAGCAACAAAAUUCACCUGUUGCUGUUAAGGUAGAGAGGAUUUCUGUUACUGUACGGCUGGAUAAUCCACUGGAGAUAUGUUCAUAAGCUCAAUCAGUUAAUAAAUGCCAAAAACCUGGAUGGAUUUACACAAAUGACCAGAUGUUUUAGCGUUUUGUAGCAGUUUUAUCCCAACGAGGCCUGCUUUAUUUAGUUUAAAGAAUAUCCUCAUAUGCACAGUAGAAACACUGUUACUGACAAACAAAUGUUUUUGCAGGAAUCUGUUACAAAGUACUUCUCCAAACUCAGGUUUUCUGUGUAAAUCCAUCCACCUUGUUUGUGUCUUUGCAUCCUGUCACAGCCAGGUUAUUUUAUUUGUAUUUUUUUAUUGUUAUUAUUAUAAUAAAUACAAAACGUUGUCGCUGUAUAUUUGA